AUGGAGAGACGUGCCUUAGUUCCUGCGGAAAAACAUGUGACAAGAGGAAAGGUGACCCGGAGGCAUACACACUUCGUUCCUAACAGCAAGAGAAAUACUGGUCAGCGCUCGAAGUUUGACUUUUCAGCUACCCCAAAUAUUGACCUUCCACGAAGCAAACAAAAACAUGCAAACGCACCAAGCGGUAAAGCAGGCGCUAAGCCGAACAUUCCCAUCCAGGAUCGUCGUCAACAAUCUACAAAACUCCGGAUCCCCUUAGACAUGCCUCAGUUACCGUCGCGUAGUCGCCCUCCUGUUACGGAGCCUGUCCUACCUCGAAGCCCUGCGAAUUCGCCCUUGCCUGUAUCCUAUACAAAAAGCUGGCAGGAAUCAGGUGUUGCGAAUGCACCUUCGACCAUCUUUGAGCAUGGUGAUGAUGCUCAGGGUCUGGUUCCUCUUGCGGGUGUUGAAAUGCUAGCAAAGCCAGCAUCACCCCAAGCUGAUACGCAUGACAAACAACCUCAUCGAAAUCGGUCAUUAGCUCGCAUCCGUUUUAGUCGAACGAGAAGUAGCGGCACAAGAACCAGCACGGAGAGUUCACAUGCCGUAUCUUCUGACCAGUAUUCGCAGCCCAACACUCAGGGCAGCCGACCACCUCGUACCAAAGAUAAUCUUCAAGACUCUAGCAAACAUGGCUAUUCGCUACACCGACGGUGGAGUGGAACUCACUGGCCAAUGCACGGAGGUUUUGCUUCCACCACUCCUUCGCCAAAAGAGCCUCCCUUUCUCAUCAACCGGUUUCUCAAGCCCAAACACUCGGAAUCUCCUGUGCAAUCCCCCGAACAAAAUGUCGAGUCACCUAAACACAAAUCCUAUUGGCGUCGAAAGCAAUCCUUCUUUGUACGUUCCGAGUACACGUCUAGUCCACCGUUUUCUGCCCCAGCAGCCAUUCAUCCCGCAAUAGCUACACCGAAACCAGGCCCCGGCGGCGAAGUGAAAGGCCAACUAGCCGACUUCUUCUUUGUCGACGUGCAAGAAAAUUCUGGUGCGAGACCUCGCGCCCCCAACGCGUCCAAACCACCUCCCAUUAGUGUCUGGGAUUCUGACGCGCUUCUCAUGCCCCUACCAAGCAUGACACCACCCUCCACUGAAGAGGAAGAAAGUCCAAUGGACUCUCCAAUUGCUGAGAAGCCGGACUUCGAAACACGCAUCACCACCCCCAAAGACGAGGUUCAUUCGCCGUAUCCCGAGAAUCCCUUCCCACUCUCACCGGAAGCCAACGCACUGGAGAAUUGGUUUCGCGUCCCCAAUCCAGCGGGCGAAGAGAAACGAGACGAGAAUGAGAUGAAACGAGCGGAAGAGACCCAACGAUUGGAAUGGAUUACGCCGGAACAUUUGCCGAGUAGUCCGCUAUGUCCAUUGCAUGAGAAGUAUAUAGGGGAAGGAAAAGGGUUCUGCGUGUACCACGGGAGGGCUGAUGGUGCAUCUCCGCAAACCGAGGCUAGUGAGGACCAGAUGUUGGGCAGUGUCGAUGCCAUGACUAAGGCUGUGAUGGGUAAUGCUGGGGACGUGGACAGGGAUAGAUUGGUUGCGGGGCGUGUCAGGCGUGGAAGUAAAGCGAGGAAAGGAAGCACUAGUUUUGGUAUGAGUGGGUUGGAAUUGGAGGGUAGCCUUGUGAAGAGCAGGAGGACUAGAGCGGAUGUGGUGAGUAGUCAGUGA